AUGUCAAGACCAUUGCUCGCUUCGGCGAGUUAUGAUCAGAAUAUUCGAUUGUGGGAUGUAGUUACGGCAAGUCCAGUGGAGAGUUUCGCUCAUAAAGAAUCACAAGUGAACGUGAUGCAGUUUAGUCGUGAUGGUUGUCAGUUGGCCGUCGGUGGUUGGCAACAUAUUCGUAUCUAUGAUGUUCAGUGUUUUCCUCCGCCGAUAGUGGGUACAUGUGAUUCAUUGAAUAAAAAUGUGAUGUCGAUUGGUUUUGAAGAACGCAGUCAGUGGAUGUAUAGUGGUGGUGAAGAUUGCACUGCCAAAAUUUGGGAUUACCGUUGUGCGCUACAGUGUCAGCGUAUAUUCCAGGUAAGCGCACCAGUGAACUGGGUAGCGUUACAUUCAAAUCAAGUGGUCUUGGUUGUUGUUGACUCAUCUGGUGCCUUGUAUAUGUGGGAUUUAAGACGUGAUAGCAGUGAGACGUUAUCGUCAUUCGAUUUAGAUAUAUCUGAAUAUAUUUCACAUGUUGAUGUUAGUAAAACUGGUGAAUAUCUUUUGGCAAUAACGAAUCGUGGUAAGAUUCUUUUGUGGACAUUGGGUUCAGCUGAUGCAUCACCGAUGAGCACUGUUAUACUACCAAUGGAUUUAAAAGCGAAAAUAAAUGGUCAUUCGAAGUACGGAUUAAGUUGUCGUUUUGCACCAAACUCGAAUCAGUUCGCAACAACUUCAGCAGAUGGUUGCGUGAAGUUAUGGGAUUGUGAUAAGUUAUCAAAGUCUUCACAAACACUUUCACUUGAUAAUGAAGCUACUAAAACCGUUACCACCCCACAAUCUGCUAAGGCUAGCUCGCUUCUUUCUCUUUUCUCUUUUAAUGUAAAGUAUUACAAUCAUGAACAAUUAAAGGUUGAAGCGAAAUGGGUAUGGGAUUGUGCUUACACAAAUGAUUCAACGAAACUUUUUACUGCAUCCGGUUGCCAGUUAAGGUUGUGGGAUCUUGAUAAAAACCAGGUGAUACGACAGUAUCAAGGACAUAGCAAAACGGUGACAGCAAUGGCGUUUAGGGAUAGUAAUUAA